CCACAAUACAUUUUUCUCAUCUUCUAUUCAUUCACUUACUUUCUUAAAUUUCUUCCAUUUAUCCCUAUCAUAUCCUCAUCAAGUUACGCUGCGUUGCGUAUCCCGACGUACCUCUAUGAAGCACAAUAUCCAGAGUAUAUUCCCACCAACAACCUCGAGCAACUCGGACUCUGAAGACCUUUAUGGCGAGUCUGAGACAGAAGAAAGACCUCACUCCCCAAAUUCGGAACCAAUUUCUCACUUAUCCGACAAUGAUGACCCCACACGUUCGCUCUCUGUAUCUCCUAUACUCCGAGUAAGCCACGGAGACGAUGCCCAUAGCGACAGCGAUCUUGAAGACGAGGAUAAUAACCUUGCUUCAUAUUCCCUAUUGAGCCAAGACUUUAACCAGAACUCGGUUUCACAGCGAGAGCGGGGAGGAUACAGGGUUCAGGAUGACUUCUUCUUGGUUGAGCAGUCUGAUUUUGAGCCCUCAAGUAGGCCUCAUAGCUCCUUAUCGUGUCAUUUGGAGCAUGGCCGUCCUGAGGAUCCUAUGCACUUUAUCUACCCAUCCAUGGCGCUUUCAUCAGCCCAAGGGGCUUUAAACGAGCUUAGUGAUGAAACCAAAGGGGGUAUUUCCAAUAACGACAAACUCUCUUUUCUUGACCGGGAGUCGCAUAUUCCAACACAUGACCUUGUUAGCGGAAUAGACUCAAGCUUGGAAACGAUCUCAGGCACGUGCCAGGCUUCACUACCAGGAGCCUCUCAAGAGGCACAACCAAUACUCAUCACAAAUACAGACCCCAAGACUUCAUUGGCCCAAAGCCCAGUAAAUACGGCAGUUGUGGAAGGCCAGCAUGUUGUCUUCACUGAAGUACCUGCAGAGAACACCAGUAUGGCAUCCAGUUUACCUAUGGAUUUGCACGAGACUGAAGUUGUGGGAUCACAAAAUGAAAAAAUAUUGACAGCUGCCGAUAUCCCUGCAGACGUCUCAGAUGAACUAUCUGACCAUAUUUCGAUCCGUCCAACAUGGAACCUUCUUAUCGCGUUAAGGGCUAUUGGACUCGUAUUAUUCCUGAUGCUUGCAGGUAUUUUAGCUGCAAACUAUCGUCGUCAGUCCAUAAAGCCCGCGCAUGUGAAGGUCGAUAUUAUUGAAUACCCUGAAGAUUCACUCGCGGCCUAUAUUUCCCUCUCUGUAUAUACCGCAAGUUUGAAGCAAGUAAACCAUCCUGGUCAAUCGCCAGGGUUUCAUAUUCGCGUCUUGGAGGACAGCAGACCAAUGAGCUUGGAUGAGGCGCCUGCUCAUCUUUCAUGUACCUUUGAUGAGCCUGCUGUUAAAUGCCAAUGGGCGGGCUCUUGCCAGGUUUAUAUUGGUGUUAAACAGGGCCAGUUACCUAAAGGUUGUUCAGACAGGACUUAUUAUCUUCACCUAUGGUUUGCCAAUGGUACUCGGGCUUGGGACUCAUCGCCUGAGAUUUUUACAGACAGCGAAGAAAGCAGAAGGAAAUCAUCGAACUGUCGUAAACGGCCUUUUUUUCGGAAUUAUUUCAAGGACAGUGAUUAUUAUGAUGAUUUCAUCGCCUUCUUUAACCAGUGGAGAGAAUUACAAAAUAUUACUACUAAGGCGUCCGGGCCUUGGCGAGAUUUGAGCUUGAACAACAUUUUGCCAACGAUCCCAAAACUACAAGAUGCCGCACGAAUAGCCGAGGAAUGCCGUUUAAAAUCUUACAACUAUCUGGUUAACGCACUUCAAUACUGCAAAUCUGCACCGGGCCUAAUGCUAGAUCUAAUCACUCGAGGAUUUGAGUGGGUUUGGAUAAAUGCUGAAAGAACUACCAACCAUAUCUCCCUAACGGUCCAGAAAGUAGUGAACCAAGCUAAGCAUCGGUUAGGCUUUUAUUCUUAUCAGAAAAGAUCAUCAUGGCAUUUAAAGAAGCAGAUCUGGGUAUUGCAGAAGACGGUCAAAGAUAAGUUCGACAAACUUCCAGUAGGUUCCAUCAUACACAAGAUGGAUGAGACGCUCAUGGAUAUGGAGGAUAAUCUAGAGUCACUGCUACAUUCAAAACAAGUCAAGGCAGUUAUGAAGAGACUGUAUAUGGACGAAAUACAACAUUGGAUGGAGGAGCUUGCAGACGAGGUGGAAAUUAGGGUCAAGCGGGCGAAGCGCAAUUUACGGCGGAAAGUGAACAAGUUCAAGGCGACACCCACUGGCGACAAGCUUGUCCGCAAGGCGCGUGCCAUUCAAGAAGACGUCAAAUGGCUCUGGCGAGAUUUUCUUCAGUGGCGAAUGCAGCACCUGAGAUAGAUUUUUCGCUUAUUUUGUUUUGUCAUUUUCUCUGUCGUUGUUGAUCUGUUUUUCUCUUUGUGUCAAAUCUUAUUAUUGCUCAAAUAAAAAAAUCUAAAGCAGCAGUGUUUGCAAGGAGAGGAGUUCUGGUCGGCACGGGGAUUACACGCCAUAGAACAACAAUAGCAGCUUGUUCAUACAACGUGGUGUCACCUCCAGGGGCGAUAUCUCUACCAGUAGCACGACCCGCCUUCUCAUUCCUCACACGUACUAU